AUGACCAGGGGAGCUCUGUUCCUGACCUUGACCCUGACCCUGGUCAGGGUCCUGGCUGUCCCAGCGACCCCCACCCCAGUCUUCCAGCCCCUCCCUCAGAAUUGCCCACAGACCACUCCUAGUCCUGGAGCCUUGGAGACCCCCACCACCACCUGGGGCUACCCCAGCCCGCGCCCUCGCCUCAGCCCCCGCAUAGCCCUCUCCCUGGAUGUCCCCAUGGGCCUCCUGCAGAUUUUACUAGAACAGGCCCGGACCAGAGCUGCCAGGGAGCGGGCUGCCGCCAAUGCCCGGGUCCUGGCCCAGGUAGGUCGCCGCUGA